GUGGUGCUGAACGCGCCUCGCGCCUCUUACAGUUGAGUACAGGACCCGGGCUAGCAGAGCAUCACUCAUCUCACUAUCCUCCAUCUCAUUCGCCUCUGACCUACUUCCGCUCUAAUCACCACUCCUGAACCGUGAGAGCCGCUAUGCCGAAUUAACGAGAGCUGUUUGGGCUUGAUGGGCAGGAUGGCUUCUCUGCGCGCGCUGCUCCUCGCCUUGCUGUCUGUCCACGCGCUCGCCGCUGCAUUCGCGGACAGGAAAUUCGGUUGUCUGUUUGAAGAUGAAGUAUGUGAGUCGUAUGAAGUCUGCAUCAAUGAUGGGGUUUUUGGUCAAUGUCAGAGUUAUCCAGGUUCAGUUCCCUACACUUAUGACGUGUCUCCAGCAGCUGUGCAGCGUUUAAGGAACGUUCUUCAGAAGCUGGCCCACAGAGGAUAUACUUGGCAGGAUGACACAACUCCGGAGGUAAUCUCAAAAGAGCUCUCACAACUGCCCAAGGUUCCUCUUGAAGGAUUUACAAACACCUUUUCUCGUUUCAAUGGCAAUUCCAGGAAGCUGAAAGAAGAAGUGAGCAGGACACUGCAGAGGUACCGUCAAGGUUUCCUGCCUUCUGAUGUUGCCUCCAAACAGAGUCCUCAAGGGCAGCAAGUGCUUUGGAAGUACAAGGGAGAUGGGUCCCGUAAUCAUAAGGGUGUAAUUCAGCUCAAAGAGAAGACUCCCUCGCCCCACAUCAUCUUCCUACAAGGCCAACCUGAUCUCCCGGCCAUUGUGGAACAGCCUCCCCCAGAUCGAUCAUACUUCACUGGUUUUGAGCAGGAUCGUACUGGAGUCCCUCUUGCUGAGCUUCAGCAGUAUUCUGCUACCAAAAUAGAAAAACUGCCAGGAGCUUCCAAGCAACCUCCAAAGCCCCAAAUCGAAAAAUUGUUUUUCAAAUCUUCAACAAGUAACCCUGCUUACAAGGAGGCCCUCAGUUCAGUAGAUGAGAAGUUCAUUGAUGGAGUGGUUAACCAGCUCGGACGUCAGAGCGCCAGUGUGGAUACUUUGACCCCAAAGGACCUGGACAAGCUCUCCAGGGUCAUCACCCAGGCCCUGCAGGUGGUGGAUGGAGUGGAAGGGGUCAAAGGUAGAGAAGCCACACAGGAUGAAGUGGAGGCAAAGAGAGAGCCCAGUCAAGGGUUACAUCAGAUGGAGAAAGCAGAUGACACCACACAUAAAGAAGCAGAAGAUACUGCCCUUAAAUCUGAUGACGAGGACAAAGGUUUUAUCAGCCAGCUGCUGGAGUUCCUGGAUCAUAACUCUGGCCCUGGGUCUGUGCAUCCUUCCCAAGCAGAAGAGCCUUUUCUGGGGUACGUCGACCAGCCAAAUGCCGGAAGCCCGUUGAGGGCUAGUUUGGAGAAUGUCCAGAGCCGGACAACACAAACAGAACUGGACCUGAUGAGGAAGAAAAUGGAACCUGACACUUUGGAGACAGAGCCACUGGUGGACGCUGAGGUUGAACAGUGGAUGCACAGUUCUCCGGAAGUGAAACCAGAGGUUCAACCAGGAAAAGAGCCACAAAGAAAUUCCAUGGAGAAAGAGGAGGUGGAAAAGAAGGGUGUGAGAGUGGAAGUGAAUGUUGCAGCGUAUUCAAGGCCACAUGAUGGAGACUUUGGCUACAUUAUUACUGAAGAUUCGCUGUCCACUGACCAGGGGCUGAGCCUCAUGGAGCUGUUAGCUGAGAGAGUCAGCCUUCAUGUAACAGAUUUUCUACAGCUCUCGUAA